GUUGGGAAAAGAAAAGGGUUAGAGUGCGCAUGCGAGUUUCUGCCUGUCUGCUACAUUGCUAACAAGGAAAAACUCAGGAAGAGAUGAUGGCAGACUCGGGACCCGAGGAAAUAGCGGUGAUCGGGAACACCGACCUCACAUCGGCAGAACUAGAGAACAACAUUAAAAACACGAUGGUCGAGAUUGAGAAAUGGACUAGUCUUCUAAGAAAGAUGGAGAUCAGCGUUGGAGAGGCAGAGAAAAGGACUGGGAAGAAUACAGUCAACAUGCAGGAGAUAUACACUGUUUACCUAAUUGAGACACGGCCGGUUGAUGCUGUGACAGAAGGUAUAAUCCCAGCCCCAGACUCCUUAUGGAGGAGAUACAGCGAGUUUGAGCUACUAAGAAACUACUUGUUGGUCACUUAUCCCUUUGUCGUUGUUGCCCCGUUACCCGAGAAGAGGGCAGAGAUUGUGUGGCACAAGCUGUCAGCGGACAACAUGGACCCAGACUUUGUGGAGAGAAGGAGGGUUGGACUGGAGAACUUCCUGCUCCGAUUAGCCUCCCACCCAGUUCUCUGCAACGACAAGAUCUUCUACAUCUUCCUCACUGAGGAAAAAGGAUGGAAGGAAAUGGUGUACGAGACAGGAUUUCAAGCAAAGGCUGAUUCCAGGUUGAAAGCUAUGAAUGCAGCAUUCAGGGUGAAGAAUCCAGACAAACGGUUUACAGAGAUGAAACACUACAGCGACGAGCUACAGACUGUAGUCUCCCAGCUGCUGAGAGUACGGGCAAGGGUAGCAGAUCGACUGUAUGGGGUGUACAAAGUGCAUGGAAACUAUGGACGAGUCUUCAGUGAGUGGAGUGCCAUAGAGAAAGAGAUGGGAGAUGGACUACAAAGUGCUGGUCAUCACAUGGAUGCGUAUGCUGCUUCUGUAGAUGAUAUUCUGGAGGAAGAGGAGCACUAUGCUGAUCAGCUGAAGGAGUACCUAUUCUAUACUGAGGCACUAAGGGCAGUGUGCAGGAAGCAUGAGUUGACACAGUUUGAGCUGGAGAUGGCUGCACAGGACUUAGCCUCUAAGAAACAGCAGAAGGAGGAGCUGAUCACAGGGACUGUGCGGACGUUCUCACUGAAGGGGAUGACCAGUAAGCUGUUUGGCCAGGAGACUGCAGAGCAGAGGGAGGCUAAGUUACAAGUGUUAGAACAGCAGAUAGAGGAGGGAGAGGAGGCUGUGAAAGAGAAGAACACCGAGAGCGAUGAGUUUGUGAAGACUGCCUGGAUAGACAUUGAGCACUUUAAAGACCAAAAGGACCGGGACCUGAAGGAGGCCCUGAUUAGCUAUGCAAUCAUGCAGAUCAGCAGGUGUAAAAAGGGAAUACAAGUGUGGACCAACGCAAAGGAGUGUUUCAACAAGAUGUGAUCUUCAGGGCCGAAACAGGCCCUCCAAACAAACAGCAAAACAGAACAUGCUUCUUUUCAGGGGACUCCUCCUGGGGUUGCAUCCCAAAUUGCACUCUAUUCCCUAAAUAGUGUGCUACUUUUGACCAGAGCCCUGUGGGGUCUGUUCACUAUAUAGGGAACAGGAUGCUUUUUGGGACAGAUUCCUGGACACAGUCCCUAUGAUCCUUAUGGCAACAUUGAUCAUGUAUGCUCAAGAACAAAUAAAUAAUAAUUAUUUUUCUAUAUCUUUAUCAUGUCCGAUUGCUAGCUGCCUUGAUUUGAUCGACUUGCAAUUGCAGUUAUUUCUCAGUGACUGUCUGACAUUUGUGUUUUUUCAUACAAAUGUAUUUUCGCUGAAAUGCUGAUUUAAGGUUAUUCACCAAGCACUUAUAUUAAUUUGUUUAUAGAGAUGCCAAGAAAUGUGGACUGAAUCCAAUUUUCCUAUUCUGCCUUUUACACAAUGUUCAAAAUCACGUCAUAAGAUUAGUCUUGCAUAUUUUCUAUGAAUUCCCUGGUUUUCCCAAAAAUCCGGGCUGGAGGAUUCCAAGAAUCAGGAGGGAACAAGCAAGAAAUCCAGAAUUCUCAAAUCAGGAUUAAUGGGAAACCAGAGAAUUUAUUGACAGUUCCAAGAAUUUUGCAGCCCUACAUAAGAUUACAACUGUUUAGAUUUUUUGUUGUUGUUAUUGAACCUUUAACCAUGCAUGUCAAUUAACAACAAAUUAUUAUUUACAAUGGAGGCAGGAGGCAAUUAGACUAGUCCUAUAAGAAUGUGCUUGCCGUUUAUUUUACAUGCAUAAUUCACUUGUGUUUUUGUCAAUUUUAUACUUGUGGUUGGUAUAUUGACCUUUGUCUUUUCUACCCUCUCAGUGCAUUGUCCCAGUAUACUAAAAUAAGGUGUUCAACCUUUUCAGAUGUUUUUGUACAACAUUAAGAAUGUAACCCUCCUAUUUAAAUGGCUUACUGUACUUUGCCAUUCAAAACAUACUCAGGCACUGGGCCUUAAGUAACCACUAUGAUGAAUGGCAGGCUUGUCAUUUCUGAAGAGUGGGUGGGUCAGUGUUUUGAUAAAUCUAGCCAAAGGAACAGGAAGGUCACACAGGAAAGACAGGAUGUGAUAAUUUACUUAUGGUAGUGUUGUGCGUGUACUGGGGAUGCAGCCCAAAUGACUACCUAUGCUCUAUAUAGUGCAUUACUUUUGACCAGAGCACUAAGGGCCUUGGUCUAAAUUAGUGCACUAAAUAGGAAAGGGUGCAAUUUGGGACAGAACCCCUGGCCUCUUGCAUCUCUGUUCACUCUAAGGGCUAGGGGAGGAGGUGCAAUGUUAAUCGUGAAUUUGGGAUGAGAUCAGAGCGCUCUGGCAGGAAAUUGCACUGUUUAUGCGGUUGUAAGGUUGUAAUCAUUGUGCCAAAAAUACACUAAUAAAUAGGAAGAAUUCUA